AUGUUCGACCAACUGAUGCUGGGAGCCGUUUUUGCCGGCCUCAGCAGCAUUGGCAUCUGGCAUUCUAUUCCGUUGACCGGAGUCACUCCUUCCAACUCUUUCUUUUGGCGCAGUCUCAGCUCCUUGGAAAUUGCAUAUUCCAUUCACGGAUUGCGCAAAGUCCACCCUUUGGUCUUCCCCCAUGACGAUGCAAUCUCAGAAUACGACCUCCUUCUGCAACUUUCUCUCGAUGCUCAACAGUACGAAAAUGCCAGGCUGGCCCUGGAACACUCGGCUGAAGCAGUAUCACUACACGUCAACAUCCCAGGAGUUACAGCGACAAUGUUAGCCCCGAGUGCGACAGCGAUGCCAACCUCGCUCUAUUUGAACGACGGCUCGGCAGCUGAGCGUAGUUACGAGGAGCUGCAGCAAUCCAACCCAGCCCCGAAUAACACGCUGUAUUUCACUGUCAUGGCUACUCUCGUUUUGGUUAUUCUUACAAUGCAGAUAAUGGGCUUUGGGGUGACGAAUAGCAUCAAACAGCACAUCGAGGACAUGCAAUACGAUUAUUUUGACCGAAUGAGCAGCGUGCAAGAACAAUUCGGUACCUUGAUGUUAGAGAUCCGACAGUUCCGAAGAGAAAAUGAACAAGUACGGCCUGUGUUCGUUCACCUGGCGGAGUCUAUCACAAACUCCUCGGCCGACCUCCAACAUUGUCUGUUGCAUAUUGUUGGGGUGAUGGAAAACAAAUAUACGUCCGGGAUGAUUGACAUUGAAUCCAAGCUGGACGAGGUCAGUCAGCAACACCAGAAUCUGAUGAGAAAUACUGAAAGUUUCCCUCAGAUUCCGAGACAGUUGGCUUGGCUUAACAUACUAAUGGCGAAGAACAUGUCCAACAACCUACCCGAGGGAGUACACAUGGAACAACCCAAUUCGGAUUUCAGCAAGAGCCCUAGCACCGAGCAGACCAAUGGAGCUUCCAACUACAACACGGCAGAGCAACCCGAUGGAAUUCCCACGUUCGAGGGAGCUAUGGGUCUUAAGAAUGGGAAAGCAGGAUUAGGUCAGCGCAAUGGUCAGCGCAAUGGUCAGCGCAAUGAUCAGGCGACCUAG